ACUUACCUCAGCAAGCCAAGGUGGAGCGCCUUCGCUCCUCAGUGCGUCCAUUUACCUGCUGAGGACUGCACCCUUGGAUCUUGGCCCGUGCUGUAGAGGCUGUAUGACCCAGAGCCACCUUAAGGGAGCAAGGCUGGAGGCCUGAGAGGGACAGAGGACGCCUGUUGUCAAAGACAGGCCCCUUGAGGAUUUCUGUGCAGAGUCAAGCAAACAGACACCUGAAAGAUAGGCAACAGACUCAUUCAGACUUGGUCAUGGGUAAUGCAAAGAGUGGGGCUGUGUCGAAGGAGCUUCUGCAGGACCUGAAGCUCAGCACCAAGUUCAGCGAGGCGGAGAUCACCCAGUGGUACGAUAACUUCACGAAGCAGUGUCCGAGCGGGCGCAUCACGCCAACUGAGUUUGAGGCCAUCUACGCUCGUUUCUUCCCCGAAAGCGAUGCCAAGAGUUAUGCCCAGCACGUCUUCCGCUCCUUCGAUACCAACGAAGACGGCACUCUGGACUUCAGGGAAUACGUGGUGGCUCUACACAUGACCUCUUCUGGCAAGAUAACGCUGAAGUUGGAGUGGGCCUUCUCACUAUUUGACGUGGACGGGAAUGGAUACCUCUCAAAGUCAGAAGUCUGUGAGAUAUGCGCGGCAAUCUUUAAGCUGAUCCCCAAAGAAGAAGUCCCAGACCUUCCUAGUGAUGAAAAUACUGCAGAGAAGAGGGCAGACAAACUCUGGGGAUUCUUUCACAAGGAUGACAGAGAGAGAGUUGCUGAGGGGGAGUUCAUCGACGGCAUAAUGGCGAACGCCGAUGCGAUGCGUCUCAUUCAGUACGAGCCUAGCAAAGCAAAGUAAAGAGUAAAGAGUCUAGAUAUUUCUAUUCUCAAAAGACCACUCAUUCACACAGACAGUCUAGCAAAUAAGGUGUGAUUAAAGAAGGUCUAAUUGUAAAUAUUUUAUAUAUUUCCAAACUCCAGGGUGCAUAAAGGGCACAAUUUUUCUGCUCAAACAUUUUGUAUUCCUCUUCUCUUUUUCUCAAGCUUUCUUUACGUUUGACCUGAGUACUGCUGCUUAAACAAGGCAGUGGGUUGGUUUAGUAAUGCCAAAAGUCUGCUACCUGGUCCCACUCACAACUAGACCAAAUGACCCCGUGGUUGUCCCAAAAUCUCUACUGUAGUAUACGCCUGACUCCACGAGGCAACUAUAGAUAACUGCAUAUUCUACUCCAGUCCCUCCCUCACGUCAGGUAGCAGGGUGCUGGGUGAUAUUCAAUCCAUCACCUCCAUCCACCUUGUCUUUAAUAAUAAUGUUGUUUUAUAACUUUGCUUUAAUAACGUCAUUAUUACUCUUAGUCGAAAUAUAUCUUGGCAGCAACAACCUGUUUAGUGGUAAAUGUUAUCUAAAAAUAAUUAAGCAAUACUACGGGAUUGCCACAAUCUACCUCUUAGAGAAUGAAACUUGUGAUCUUAUAUUUAUUGAUUUCUUAUACUGUACUUUUAGGUGUGUCAGAAUAAUUAUUUUGCCAACAAUGUGAACCAUUUCAAAGCUGUUUUCAUGAGCAUCUGCUGCGUGUGCGUGUGCGUGUGCGUGUGCGUGUGCGUGUGCGUGUGUGUGCGCAACCAAAUCACCUCAGGUUUCUUAUUUAUCCACUUUUCACUUGAAGGAUAUGAUCAUAUACCUGUCAUAGUAAGGAACAAGAAGGCACUCAACCUUUUACAUUUACAAUGUCAAUAAGGAUUUUUGAAUAAUGAAUUUUCAUUAGGAUGUUCAAAUAAGAGAAGAGAAUCAAAGAGUUAGUUCAGUUGAGAGGCCUGCAUUGUUAUCAUCUUCUGAAGAUCAUUGGAAAUAGUAAGCUACUCUCGAAAUCUGUUACAGUAAUGUUUAGAGGAGUUGGUUAUGAAAUUGUCCAUGUUGUUUUGUAAAUUGUUUGUGCUUUUAUCUCUUUUGCUUCUAUCAAAAUUUAUAUUUUGAAAUAAAGCAUGCCACUUGAACCUGA